AUGUGUGCGGAUAUUCAAUACAAUAUGACAAUUUAUCCAAAUUUGUUGAAACAUACAAAACAGGAGGAGGCAGAAAGUGAUAUUGAACAGUUAAGGAAGUAUGAAAUGCUUGUCAAUGUUCAAUGCAGCCCCGAUAUUAAAUUCUUUUUGUGCACAAUUUUUACUCCAGUUUGUACAAUUUUGAAUGAACCAAUCCCUCCAUGUAGACAUUUAUGUUAUUCUGCAAAAAAUGGUUGUGAAACUAUAAUGAGGAAAUUUGGUUAUCCGUGGCCAGAGAUUUUUGAUUGUGAAAAAUUGCCUCAUCAUAAAGAUGCAAUGUGUGUAGGGGAAAAUAAUAAUGAUGAAUUGGAAGAGGAUAAAAACAAGAAUUUGGAUAUUUCUCAAAUAAAUGAACUAAAGGAGGUGAAGAAGGUGUUGGAAUGUCCUCAUGCUAUGAAAGUUUUGGGUUCUCAUAGCCAUUUUCUCUUUAUUGCCAACCAAACAUUAGAACAAUGUUCAUUACCUUGCCAUAAUGAUGGUUUAGUGCCCACUUUCUUCACUGCACAUAUUCGUCAUUAUCUAAAGCUUUGGACUGGCGCUUGGGCUGUUACUUGUUGUGUUUGUUGUUUAUUUACAAUUUUUACAUUUUUGGUUGAUUUGAAAAGAUAUGAAUUUCCUGAACGAGCAAUUCUUUUUAUGGCAUUUUCCUAUUUUAUGGUAAGCUCUGUUUAUAUGAUUGGAUUAGUUACUGGCGAUCAACUUUCUUGUGCUACCCAAUCUGCUACUAAACAACCUUUGGUUACUCAGGGAAAUGAAAAUUUUUGGUGUUCGGCAUUGGCUUUGGCACAUUUUUAUUUUAGCUUUGCCGGUUCUCUAUGGUGGUUAAUUUUAUGUUUUUCUUGGUUUCUUGUAACAACAUUAAAAUGGGGAGAAGUUCCAGUUGGACAAGUCUUUUCUUCUUAUUUUAAUGCCUUUGCUUGGAUUUUACCUUUAUUUGGUGUUAUUUUCCUAAUUAUAUUUGGAGGAAUUGAUGGAGAUGUAUUUACUGGAAUAUGUUCUGUUGGAAAUUUACAACCUUCAUUUUUAUUUAAUUUUAGUGUUCUUCCACAAAUUUUGUUGAUAGGUUUGGGUUUUUAAUUUUUUGGGGUUUUUUGGAAAAUUUUUUUGUGAAAAUUUUUUUGGAAUUUUUUUUAAUUUUCCGAAUUUUUGUUCAAUUUUUGGGGGAUUUUUUGAGAAAAAAAAAUUUUUGGGUUUCCGAAUUUGCCUAGAUUUUUUUUUGGUUUUUCUAAAAGAUUUCAGACGUCAAAAAUUUUUU